AUGCUCGCUUUGACCUUCAUCUUCACCUGGCUCUCGGGCGCUAGCGGAGACCCCAUUGUUGGAGAAGGAUCCGAGUCUGACCCAAUCAUUGUGGGUGUGACGUCAAAGCAGCUAUUCGGGCAGUUCGACAGCGACCCAUCGACCUACGUCAUGCUCAUUGACGCAAUGUACAAACCCAGCCAAGUACCCACUCAUGGUAGUGGGGUCUCGGACCGCAUGCUUUCCUUCCGCGUGAUAGUGUCCUUUUUUAUGUCGCAACAAGAGCAGAAUCAUUUCAUGGGGGUGCUAACGCUAAUAUAA